AUGGACCCUACCAAGCGGCAUCCAUUAGCCGUGGGCAUUCCCAUCAUGUCAUUCUUCUCCAUCCUCCUCGGAAUCCCACCGUUGCUUCUACAUGCAAAGAACCGCAAUUUCCCUGCAACAAGCUUGGUAUCCUGGUCAGUUCUGCUUAACCUGCUCAAUAUCAUCAAUGCCCUGACUUGGCCAAACGAUGAUGUUGAGUCCUGGUGGGAUGGUGCCGGUCUCUGUGAUAUCGAGAUCAAAGUCAUGGUUGCCGGCUAUGUCGGCGUCCCAGGAGCCCUGAUGUGCAUCUUCCGUUCUCUCGCAAACGCGCUGGACACAGAUCGAGCGACAUUGGUCCCAAGCAGGGGUCAGCGCUGGCGCAAUCAAUUCAUGAACCUGUUGUUCUGCGUGGUAGUUCCCGUCAUUGCAAUGAUCACCCACAUUGUCUGGCAGAAGAGUCGAUACCUGCUCUACUCCAUCUCAGGAUGUGUCAACAACUUUGACGAGAGCUGGGUCAGUCUCAUAUUGGCAUUCAUCUGGCCACCGAUUAUCUGCCUGGCUGCGGCUUAUUACUGCUGUAAGCAACCCACUCAUCCGAUCUUUUCCCAAUUGAUCCCAGCUCACCACUCCCAAACCCCAGGCCUAGUCCUCUUCCGCAUCCACAAGUACCGCAGCGACUUCGCAAACAUCAUUCGCGCCUCCAGCAGCAACCUCAGCAAAUCGCGCUUCCUGCGCCUCUUCUUCCUAGCCCUCUCGAUGUUACUCGCCAUCCUCCCACUGCAAGCCUACGUAGUCUACACAGAUAUCCACCUCUCAUUCCCCUGGCACGCCUACUCCUGGAGCAAACUCCAUAACAAAAACUGGUCCAUAAUCCACAGAGUUGCCACCCACGGUGUGGUCUUCUUCGACCGCUGGACGCCUGUCGCAUCAGGCUACAUGAUCUUCAUCUUCUUCGGCUUCGGCCGCGACGCAACCCGCAUGUAUCGUGCUGCCUGUUGGUAUAUAGGGCUGGGAUCCUGUUUCUCAAGCAUUACAGCGCCAGCUGAUUCAAACGUCACUCCUCGGCAACUGCUUCCCCACAGCCAUGUCUUUACAUCAACAACCCUCCUCGAGACGUUCAGCUCCAAGGCAAAGUCUUUCUUCUCCAGACCGAAGAGCAUGAGCAUGCAUCGGCAUCAGAGCCCACACCAUCACGAACAGCACAUGGGAACAUUCACUUCGACACAAGCUACAUACACUGAUCUCGAAAAGGGAAUCGCCAAACCAUCCCAUCUGAUAUCUUCCCAGAAUACACGCAGUACCCACGAACCAGCCAAGAAGACAAUCUGGGAUAAAUUCCCCUUCUCGCUAUUUCGUCGCCAAUCUGCCCGCCAUGAAUCCGAUGCAACAUUGCUAGAUAAUCUCUCUGUUCCUUCGCAUACACGGACCGUUUCGACGAAUGCCUGGGCUGGAAGUGUCCGUGAGAGUCGGGAUUACUCGGCAGGACCUUCUACUGCUUUUGCUUGUUCCUCACCUCCUCAGGGGACGUUCAUUCAUGUGAAGCAGGUUAUUAGCCAGCAGAGUGAGAUCCAGGUCUGA